AUGCGGGCUUUUCAUCUAAGAGCCUAUUCUCUUCUCAGUCCUCUUAUUACAGCUUACUUUACCUUGAAGUUUCAAGCCAUGGCAAAACUUCUGACCACGAAUUUUGAUGACCUCACCCCUGGUGGGACCUUUCAACUCAGUUGGGUUGAAGGAGGCGGGAUAGUGCUAUCCCUUCAUGCCUUGGAAGACGGGAUAACGUCCGACGACUACCAAAUCUUUAUCUGUAGGUUUUCUGUGCCCUCGAAUUUUUGAAACACAUCUAACGAGUUGUGCGAAAAGGGGAGACCUACAACGAUACCGAUCCCGGAAUCACAUAUUCGAGAGGAUGGAACGUACCACAAAACCUUCGUCUAAAUUCUCAGUGUCAGUUCAACCUGAAGCAGAAGAGUACAGAUAAGGUCUUUACGUAUCCUGCGCAGAAUAACUUUGUCAUAACAAAGGAUUCGACUUCUCUUAAAAGCCCAGCGCCCACACUGUUGAAGACCUGCAGCCCUUCUACUUCGACUGAUAAUUGUCUACCGCCCAUCACUUCUGAACAACCCGGUUCGGUAAUCGCUGCGACGACUAAACCAGCUUCAACGUCGCCAGCCACUUCUUCUUUAUCUUCAAGCUCGAUAUUGUUACCACCUUCGAACAGCGUAAGCGCAGCCCCAGUCGUAGCCUCAAUAACUCCGGUACAAGGACCAAGUCCCAUAAUUGCAAUCGGAGUAGGUGUUGGAAUCGGAGUCGUCGCCCUGCUAGGCCUCGGUUUCCUCCUCCUUAGAUACCGAAAGAACAAAGUCAAACCCUUCCGCGCUGACACUCCUCCACCUCUUGUUAUCACAAGGCCCCCAAACAGUCCUCUACCUACAUAUCAGGAUCCAAAGCUAUUUCCAAACAACCAAGGAGCGCCAAGCUAUAUGGAUACCAGUAGCACCGAUAAACCGGCUGCGUUGUCUAUAUACGGUAGUCUGGAGUUAAACAACAUUACGGGAGGCGGCACCAUAAAGGGCUCUGUCAAACGACCUUCUCAGAUGAUGGGACAUGAGUUGACACCGGUUUAUGGGAGGGGUAGGAAUUCUAGGGAAGCGGGAUAUGGAGGGAGCGAAUCGGAGAUGAGUGCUUAUGAGAGUAUAUAUUCUCAACCAGAAGACGAGAACUUUGAUGCGAGACGAGACACGAGUUUUGGGGGGUUUAUUUAA